AUGGCAUUUCUCCACUUUCUUUAUUUGCAUAAAUUCUUAUUCUUAUUAUUUCUCUUUCUUUCUUCUGCCCACAUUUCAUCCGGACAACAUCCGGCCCAAGAAAUAGUGACUUUUGGUCUUAAACGCUCUGAUUUCCCGAAAGAUUUCUUAUUUGGAGCAGCUUCAUCUUCUUAUCAGUACGAAGGAGCAGCUUUCAUAGAUGGAAAAGGACCAAGCAUAUGGGACAUUUUCACCCACAACUUCUCAAAUAAAAUAGCAGAUCAUUCUAAUGGUGAUGUAGCUGAAGACUUUUAUCAUCGUUACAAGGAAGACAUAAAACUAAUGAAAUUCAUUGGUUUGGAUAGCUUUAGAUUCUCCAUCUCAUGGCCAAGACUUAUACCAACUGGAAAGCUAAGUGACGGGGUGAACCAAAAAGGCAUCGACUUCUACAACAACCUUAUCAACGAGCUUCUAGCGAAUGGUAUUAAGCCAUUGGUAACCUUGUUCCACUGGGAUCUUCCUCAACAUCUAGAAGAUGCAUACAAUGGUUUUUUAAGCCCUCAAAUCACGAAUGAUUUUAUGGAUUUUGCGGACCUUUGUUUCAAAGAAUUCGGUGACAGAGUGAAGCUUUGGUCAACUAUCAAUGAACCCAAUAUCUUUACUUUCCUGGCAUAUGAUCUCGGAAUAUUGGCUCCGGGACGAUGCUCGGCAUGGAGGAACAACGACUGCCCCGCCGGAAACUCUGCAACUGAACCCUACAUUGUUGCACACAACAUUCUUAUUGCUCAUGCUUCGCCAUCUCAAAAAGGGACAAUCGGAAUCGUGAUUGCUACACAAGCUUAUGAGCCCUUCUCAAACAGUAAUGCUGACAUUGAAGCUGUUCAACGCGCACAAGAUUUCUUUUAUGGAUGGUUUGCGGAUCCAUUAGCUUUUGGACAUUAUCCACAAAGCAUGCAAGAUCUUGUUGGCAACAGAUUACCUAAAUUCACAUCGGCUCAAUCGGAUCUCGUCAAAGGCUCUUUCGAUUUCUUCGGACUGAAUUAUUACUCUGCCAAUUUUGCGGCCAACACUACGCGCAACGUUGGCACAAAUAUUAGCUAUUCAACCGACAAUAACGUACUCACAUCAACCAUCAGGAACGGGAAACCUAUUGGUGAACAGGAGGGAAAUUCAAUGUUUUUUGUGUAUCCUAAAGGUCUUCAAGAUGUUCUCGUCUAUACCAAGAACCGAUACAACAAUCCACUUGUCUAUAUCACAGAGAAUGGAUUUGUUGAGACCGGCGUCAACAGCGUUCAAGUAGGGGUGAUGGACAACCAAAGAAUCAACUUUUACAGAGAACAUCUAAAGUAUCUCAAAAAAUCCAUUGACCUUGGCGUGAAUGUGAAGGGCUUCUAUCCAUGGUCAUUUUUGGACACAUUUGAGUGGAAUUCCGGGUACACACUCCGUUUCGGUCUGGUCUACAUUGAUUAUCAGAAUGGGUUGAAGAGAUAUCCCAAAUUUUCAGCCCUGAGUUACAAGAAAUUCCUCAGCUCUUAA